GUGCCCAGCUCUUUAAGACAGCCCUGAAAGAGCAGCACAGAUCACAGCAACAUUAUCAUAACAUCAAACGGACAAUGAUGGAUUCUCACUUCAGAGGCACCUUGUGCACGAUAGUUGUCGUCUUCACACUGCCACACCUGAGCUGCAAUAUGCUCUGCCCCAGCAGUUGCCAGUGUCAUUUUAAAGGUUCUGUCAAGUGUGUUGGAGACACCAUCACCGAUAUACCAAAGCAGCUGCCUGUCCACACAUACCUGCUGUGGCUUAAUGGCACAAACAUGAACAUCAUAAAUGAGCAGAGCUUGGCAAACAGGGACCUCCUGUUGCGUUUCAGUCUGACUCACAGCCAUUUGCACACUAUCCAUCCCAGCGCCUUCUAUGUUGCUCCACAGCUUAAGUCAGUCAAGCUGUCGUCCAAUGAUCUCUCUACCCUCCCUGCUCGGGUUUUCAGUCCACUGACCACUCUGGAGCAGCUACAUUUAGAUGGGAACCAGUUGGAGACCAUUGCUCCGGAUAUGUUUGAAGGACUUGUCAGGUUGCUGGAUCUGGACCUGAGCUGGAACAAACUCAGUAGUCCUCCUUCAAAUGUUUUCGAUGGACUGACCCAACUUACAUUUCUGAACCUUGGCAGGAACUCCAUAAAAAAACUUCCACCAACUAUCUUUCACGCCUUGACUAAUCUUCACAAGCUUAUGAUCUAUAACAAUGAGCUAGAAGUGCUAGAAGCUGGGAUUUUUGAUGAACUUGUCAACCUUGUGGAGCUAAAAAUCUAUCAUAACCAGAUCACCAGCCUUCCACCUCAAGUGUUCUGGUCACUGAGGAACUUAACGAUCCUGAACCUUUCCUCUAACCGGCUUCAAGCUAUCCCGGCAAAGAGCUUCUACAACAUGCCAAAGCUGAGCAAGCUUACCAUUUACAACAACCCGUUAUUAUCUCUACCAGACCAGCUGAUGGGUCACAUGCCUGACAUGACAGAGAUUUAUCUGUAUGCCACUAACCUCACCACUGUUCCUGGGAAUUUGUUUGCAAACAUGUCUGGGCUCCGGAGCCUUAACCUUCAUUUUAAUGACAAGCUGAGGGAGUUGCCCUCAGACCUCUUCUGCUGCAUUCCCAAGCUUGAGAAGCUCUCAUUGAAAUUCAACGACCUCCAUUAUCUACAUCCUCAACUGUUUUCCGGACUAACCACACUGGGCAUGCUGCUUCUUAAUGACAAUAAGCUGCAGAGCUUACCGGAAAACAUCUUUCAGGGCCUCGGAGGGGUUUUGUCAGUUAAUUUGAAGAAUAACCACCUUAAGACUCUACCAGGAGAUAUUUUGUUGUCAAAUACAGCUUUGAAGGCUCUUACUCUGAGUGGCAACCCCUGGGACUGUACUUGUAGUAUCAGAGGUAUUGCAAAAUGGAUAAGACAUAAUGAGCAUGUGGUUCUUGACAGACAGGAUGUGAUAUGUCAUAGUCCAGUGUACCAACUGCUUCGUACCAUUGAUUCCCUGCGUGAUGAAGAGUUCAACUUUUGCGAUGCUAGGAUAGUCAAAUCAAGAUCUUUUUCUAUACAUGAGCCAACAAAACCAUUCCACACUAUUACAACCAGCAGACAAACAUCAGUUGUAGCUUCAGUAACCACACCGCAUACAACAACAUCAACCCCCACUCAAGGAGCUACCCAACAAGUCACAACACCAACAACCACUCCAACUAUAAAACCAUCUACCUUACAUACCACCAUCCUACCAACAACUCUCCAAACUCACACCACCACCACCCGGCCUAACGAGAAGUUUCAUCUCAUCAAUGAGAUUGCCUUGUCUGAUUACAUGUCUCGUCCUUUCUAUGACACAUUGGUGGUUGAACAGGGGCCCGAGUUUGUUCACCACAAACUUCACAACAGCUGGGUGUACGUAUGGUUUCUGCCCUCAGAUGAGGCCUUGACUGGGCUCCUAAUGUUUAGUCACAUUCUUCUUGUGGCCGCAGGCUUGUUCCUCAUUCUUGCUGCCAUGUUUUGCAUGUGUCGCCUCAACAAGACUAUGGAUGAGCUGAAGGCGGAGUGUGCACAUCCUCCAGGGUAACAAAACAUGUUAUCAGGCCUGGUGCACAAGAGACCAAGAUAACGGUCCUUUUCCAGGGGGUGCACUACAUAAAAGAUCCCUAUUAGGUGUAGGUUUUCUAGACGUGGUUGUAUCUUCAAGUGUUUCUUUAAGGCAGUCAGACUUGGAAUAUGGAAUUUUAAAUAUUGUGACAAAAUUUAAGAUGAAGGUAUUUUAAGAUAGCAAAGAAUCACGGUACGAUAAUACAGUUUUUAAAAUUAUAUUAUACAGUACAGUAUAUAUAAUACAGCAUGCAAGCUUCAAAAACAGGUUUGCUGAUGUAAGUUUAUAUUUUUUCUUUGUUCAUAAUUGUAUAUAAUUUAUGUAAAGCUGUAAGGAUUGGUUACUUCAUCGAUCAAUUAGCCAAUCAAAAGAAAAUUAAUCAGGAACUAUUUUGAGAAUUGAUCAAUUAGUUUCUCUAUCAGCUUGUCAAAUGUAAAUAUUUGCUGCUUUUCUUUGUCUUAUAUGAUAGUACAUUGUGUGUUUUGGACUGUUGGUCGGACAAACCAGGCAAUUGGAAGAUGUCACUUUGGGCUUUUGGAGGUUGUCAUGAGCAUUUUUCACUUCUUUUUCAUAGACCAAACAUUUAAUCUUUAAAAUAAAAAUAUGAAAUAAAACUUUCUUUCAGUCAUCCUUUCUUUGCUAUCUCCUUAAGAUUGCAUGCUAAAUGUGAUAUACAUAUUAAUGUCUAACAGUAUUUGUAAGUUUUACACAUUUUAUUUUUCUGUUUUCCUAUGUACAGUGAAAUUUUAAUCUUCACUGAGCAAAGCUCAAGCCAAUGUAGUCAAAAGUGAUCACAAGUCAUUUGUUUUCCUCUAGCGGUGAAAGCUUCAAACUGCAUGAAGAGACAUCAAAUGUGCAAAUGUCUUUUUCAUAUU